AUGGCCAGCGGACAAUUACCCAUCAAGUUUCAUGAGCAUCUGCAGCUCACCAAUGUUGGAAUUCGUCAGCCAAACAUUACUUUUGCUAAUGUUACAAUGGAAUCUGACAAAAAUAUCGUUGUCAGAGAAAUGGUAUGGUUUUCUGAAUUAAAAUAAAUUAUUUCAUAAAAUUCAUUCUAUUUUCAGAUUGGCGAUCAACAACAAGUUGUCAUCAUUGAUUUGGCUGAACCAACAAAUCCAACUCGUCGCCCAAUUUCUGCUGAUUCUGUUAUCAUGCAUCCAACCGCUAAAAUUUUGGCGCUUAAAUGUAAGUUAAUUGAAUUAUUGAAAAGUUUAAUUGAACUGUUCUUACAGCUGGAAAAACUCUUCAAAUUUUCAAUAUCGAAUUGAAAGCAAAAGUGAAGGCCCAUCAAAAUACCGAAGAUGUUGUUUUCUGGAAAUGGAUUAAUGAAACAACGAUUGCUUUGGUUUCAGACAGUGCUGUUUAUCAUUGGUCGAUUGAAGGUAAGAUUUUUCUCAUAGAUGAUUCUGAACUUGAACUCCAAUUCAAUUUUCAGGUGAUGCGGCGCCUGUGAAAAUGUUCGAUCGUCAUCUUUCACUUUCCGGAACUCAAAUUAUAAAUUAUCGAACUGAUGCUGAUUCGAAAUGGCUUGUUCUAAUUGGAAUAUCUGCAAAAGAUAAUCGAGUUGUUGGAAACAUGCAAUUGUACAGUACCGAACGAAAAGUUUCUCAACCAAUCGAUGGACAUGCCGCUUGUUUUGUUCGAUUCAAACUUGAAGGAAAUGCACAUCCAUCGAAUUUAUUCUGUUUCUCCGUCAAAAACGAGGCUGGUGGAAAAUUGCAUAUUAUUGAAGUUGGAUCGCCAGCGGCUGGAAAUCAACCAUUCCAGAAAAAGAAUGUUGAUGUACCAUAUACGGCUGAAACUGCACAAGAUUUCCCAGUUUCGAUGCAGGUAAAUAUUGGGUUUUUUUAUUCUUUUUACAAACUUGAUUUUUGUCGGCGGCUGAUUUAUAGGUAGAUGAAAAAGAUAGGAAAUUAAAAGAGAAACAGGUUUUUUCUUGUUAGUCAUUCAGUCGUUUGGGAUUUGAUUAGAAUUGGGUUGAUGAAGAAUGACAAUACGCAUUUUUGAACGGAUAAGCGUGUUUUAUAAAAAAACCAAAAAGUUUCUUGAAAUUCUCGAUUUUUUCAUAUUGAGAUCUUUAUCUAUCUAUAUAAUUACGUCAGAAAUUCACCCCAUUACCAAUUACUCAUAAAAAAUCAAUUUUUGUAGGUUUCUUCUAAACAAGGAGUCAUUUAUUUGGUAACAAAACAUGGCUUUGUACAUUUGUAUGAUAUUGAAUCAGGAGGUCGUAUUUAUUCGAAUCGUAUCUCAACAGACACCGUUUUUGUCACCUGCGAAUUAUCCAACACUGGUGGAAUUAUGGGAAUCAAUCGAAAAGGACAAGUUCUCUCGGUUUCGAUCGAUGAAACAAAUUUGGUGCCAUUCGUUACGAAUACUUUGCAAAAUCCUGAUUUGGCGCUCAAAUUGGCUGUUCGUUGUGAUUUACCGGGAGCCGAAGACUUGUUUGUCCGCAAAUUCAAUCUUUUGUUCAGCAAUGGACAAUUUGGUGAAGCAGCCAAGGUUGCCGCAUCGGCUCCACAAGGAAUUUUGAGAACACCAGCAACAAUUCAAAAGUUCCAACAAUGUCCAGCGACUGGCGGUGGACCAUCUCCACUUUUGCAAUAUUUCGGUAUUUUGUUGGAUCAAGGAAAGUUGAACAAAUACGAAACUUUGGAAUUGUGUCGUCCAGUUUUGGCGCAAGGAAGAAAAGAAUUGAUCACAAAAUGGUUGAAUGAUCAAAAGUUGGAGUGUUGUGAAGAAUUGGGAGAUUUGAUUAGACCAACUGAUCCAAAUACCGCAUUAUCGAUUUAUUUGAGAGGAAAUGUUCCACACAAAGUUGUUCAAUCAUUCGCUGAAACUGGUCAAUUUGACAAGAUUGUAUUGUAUGCGAAACGUGUUGGAUUCCAACCAGAUUAUUUGUUCCAAUUGAGACAAAUCUUGCGUUCUGGAAAUCAAGAUGCUGGAUCGAAAUUCGCUCAACUUUUGGUAUCAGAAAGCGAAAAUGGAGAACCACUUGCUGAUCUUUCCCAAAUUAUUGAUUGUUUCAUGGAAGUUCAAGCUGUUCAACCAUGCACUUCUUUCCUUUUGGAAGUUUUGAAAGGUGAUAAACCAGAAGAAGGACAUCUUCAAACUCGUCUUCUUGAAAUGAAUUUGUUGGCUGCUCCAGCUGUUGCUGAUGCUAUUUUGGCCAAUAAAAUGUUCUCGCAUUAUGAUCGAGCUGCAAUUGGACAAUUGUGUGAAAAAGCUGGAUUGUUGCAAAGAGCCUUGGAGCAUUUUACCGAUUUGUAUGAUAUCAAGAGAACUGUUGUACAUACACAUCUUUUGAAACCAGAUGUAAGUUUUUUUUAUUUUUUAAGAAAACAUUGAAAAAAAGUUGUUUUCAGAAUUUUUAAAUCAAACAUUUUUAGCCUGAAAAAUCUUUAAAUCUAAAAUUGUUUUUUUUUCAGUGGCUUGUUGGAUAUUUCGGUUCAUUGUCUGUCGAAGAUUCGUUGGAAUGCCUCAAAGCAAUGUUGACUCAAAACAUCCGUCAAAAUCUUCAAGUCGUUGUCCAAAUUGCCUCAAAAUAUCACGAACAACUUGGCGCCGAUAAAUUGAUUGAAAUGUUUGAGAAUCACAAAUCAUACGAAGGAUUGUUCUAUUUCUUGGGAUCAAUCGUCAACUUCAGCCAAGAUCCAGAAGUUCAUUUCAAAUAUAUCCAAGCGGCCACAAGAACUGGACAAAUUAAAGAAGUCGAACGAAUUUGUCGCGAAUCGCAAUGUUAUGAUGCGGAAAGAGUUAAGAAUUUCUUGAAAGAAGCCAAAUUGACUGAUCAACUUCCACUUAUUAUUGUUUGUGAUCGACAUAAUAUGGUUCACGAUUUGGUUUUGUAUUUGUACAGAAACCAACUUCAAAAAUACAUUGAAGUCUUCGUCCAAAAGGUAAUAAUUAUUUUUUUUUUUUGAAAUUUGAAUCGAAAAUUAAUUAUAUGUUUUCAGGUUAAUGCUGCUCGUCUUCCAAUUGUUGUUGGAGCUUUGCUUGAUGUUGAUUGUAGUGAAGAUGCAAUUAAACAACUUAUAAUUAAUACUCGAGGAAAGUUCGAUAUUGAUGAAUUGGUUGAAGAGGUUGAGAAAAGAAACCGAUUGAAAUUGUUGAAUCAUUGGCUCGAAUCUAGAAUUCAAGAAGGCGCAACUGAUGCAGCAACACAUAAUGCGACUGCGAAAAUCUAUAUUGAUUCGAACAACAAUCCGGAACGAUUCUUGAAAGAAAAUCCAUAUUAUGACAGCAAAGUUGUUGGAAAAUAUUGUGAGAAAAGAGAUCCACAUUACGCAUUUUUGGCCUAUGAACGUGGACAAUGUGAUGCGGAAUUGAUCAAUGUUUGUAACGAGAAUUCGCUCUUCAAAAAUCUUGCCAGAUAUCUUGUCAAAAGACGCGAUUUCACACUUUGGGAACAAGUUUUGAAUGAGGAAAAUGUUUAUCGCCGACAAUUGAUUGAUCAAGUUGUUCAAACUGCUUUGUCUGAAACUCAAGAUCCAGAAGAUAUUUCGGUGACUGUUAAAGCAUUCAUGGCUGCUGAUUUGCCAAAUGAACUCAUUGAAUUGUUGGAGAAAAUUGUUUUGGACAAUUCGGCAUUUUCGGAGCAUAGAAAUCUUCAAAAUUUGUUGAUUUUGACCGCAAUGAGAGCUGAUCGUACACGAGUUAUGGAAUAUAUUCAAAAAUUGGACAAUUAUGAUGCACCAGAUAUUGCAAACAUUGCCAUCACUUCGGAAUUGUAUGAAGAAGCUUUUGCUAUUUUCAAGAAAUUCGAUGUGAACUCAAGUGCUAUCAAUGUUCUUAUCGAAAAUGUUAGCAAUUUGGACAGAGCUUAUGAAUUUGCUGAGAAAUGUAAUCAAUCGGAUGUUUGGGCAUCUUUGGCCAAAGCUCAAUUGAAACAAGAUUUGGUGAAAGAAGCUGUUGAUUCAUUUAUCAAGGCUGAUGAUCCAGGAGCAUAUAUGGAAGUUGUCAACAAAUGCUCACAAACUGGUUAGUUUUUCAACUAGAAUUUUAAGCAUUUAAAAAUAUUAAUGUACUUUUAGAACAUUGGGAAGAUCUUGUUCGUUAUCUCCAAAUGGCUCGUAAGAAGUCUCGUGAAUCUUACAUCGAAACCGAACUUGUUUAUGCUUUGGCAAAAACUGGAAGACUCGCCGAAUUGGAAGAAUUCAUCGCUGGACCAAAUCAUGCUCAAAUUGGACAAAUUGGUGAUCGUUGUUUCGACAAUGGAAUGUUUGAUGCCGCAAAAAUCUUGUUCAACAAUGUUUCGAACUUUGCCAAACUCUCUGUUACUUUGGUUCGUUUGGGUGAAUAUCAAGGAGCUGUUGAUGCGGCUCGUAAAGCGAAUUCAACAAAAACCUGGAAACAAGUUUGUUUCGCUUGCGUUGAAAAUGGAGAAUUCCGAUUGGCUCAAAUGUGUGGAUUGCAUAUUGUUGUGCAUGCUGAUGAAUUGGAGGAAUUGAUCAAUUUCUAUCAAGAUCGUGGACAUUUCGAAGAACUCAUUUGUAAGUUUUAUCUAAUUUACAAAAAUGAAUAUAAAAUGUGUUUUUUUCAGCCUUGCUCGAAGCUGCUCUUGGACUCGAACGUGCUCAUAUGGGAAUGUUCACCGAGUUGGCGAUUCUCUAUUCGAAAUAUAAACCAGAGAAAAUGAGAGAGCAUCUUGAAUUGUUCUGGAGUCGAGUCAAUAUACCGAAAGUUUUGAGAGCCGCGGAACAAGCUCAUCUUUGGGCCGAAUUAGUUUUCUUGUAUGACAAAUAUGAGGAAUACGAUAAUGCGGCUCUUACAAUGAUUCAACAUCCAACCGAAUCGUGGAGAGAACAACAUUUCAAAGAAGUCAUUGCUAAAGUUGCCAAUGUCGAAUUGUAUUAUAAAGCAAUGCAAUUCUAUUUGGAUUAUAAACCAUUGUUGUUGAAUGAUUUGUUGGUUGUUUUAUCGCCAAGAUUGGAUCAUUCAAGAACUGUUUUGUUCUUCAACAAAUGUGAGUUUGGCCUAGUUUCCAUUAAAACUUUUGAGACUGAUUAGUUGUUUUCCUAUUAAACAAUGUUUGCUUUUUUCAGUGAAACAAAUUCCACUUGUGAAGCCAUAUCUCCGUCAAGUCCAAAAUUUGAACAACAAAGCAAUUAAUGAAGCAUUGAAUCAAUUAUUGAUUGAUGAAGAAGAUCAUGCUGGACUCCGUUCUUCAAUUGAAGCACACGACAACUUUGAUAAUAUUGCAUUGGCUCAACAAUUGGAGAAACAUGCACUUGUUGAAUUCCGAAGAAUUUCCGCAUAUUUGUUCAAAGGAAACAACCGAUGGAAGCAAUCGAUUGAACUUUGCAAAAAAGACAAAUUGUACAAAGAUGCAAUGGAAUAUGCUGCUGAAUCGAGAAGCGGUGAAUUGGCAGAAGAAUUGUUGGGAUUCUUUUUGGAGGAGAAAUUGCACGAUUGUUUUGCCGCGUCGCUUUAUCAUUGUUAUGAUUUAUUGCAUCCGGAUGUUAUUAUGGAAUUGGCAUGGAAACAUAAAAUUAUGGAUUAUGCUAUGCCAUAUAUGAUUCAAGUUAUGAGAGAUUAUCAAACAAGAUUGGAGAAAUUGGAAAGAUCUGAAACUGAAAGAAAAGAAGAAAAAGCUGAACAACAACAACAAAAUGGAAUGACUAGUGAGUUUUUUGUUUGGGAUUUUAAUUUCUAGUCUUUUCCUUCACAAUCAGAAUAUAAUAUUGAUUUUUCAGUGGAACCUCAACUCAUGCUCACUUAUGGAGCCCCAGCUCCACCAAUGGGAUAUGGUGGUGCAGGAGGAUAUGGUGGAGCACCAGCCGGUUAUCCACAACAAGGAGGUCAACCACCUUAUGGUGCACCAGGAGCAUUUAUGUAAUUUUAUGAAUCAUUUGAAUUUCUAAACAAAAAAAUCCUACCCACACGGUUUCCCCCCAUCCCCAAUUUGUCCCAAAUUAUUCGCUUCUCUUCUUUUUUUUUUCUCUUUGAAAGGUGCAAAAUCAUUUUGUUUUUCUUUUUACCCUUUUCCUGAUUCCCGCAAAACACUUUAUUUCCUAUUCCUAUUCCCCAAAAAAUAAUCAAAUGUUAUUUAUUUUAUAGUUUUUGUUCGUGA